UUUUAUCACGUUUACUGCAUUAUUGUAUUAUUACAGCAUCAAAUUCGUUACAUUUUUCUUAGUUGUGGGGCGUGACUCUAGACACUUCCCUGCUUUGCUUUGAGGUUAUGUGCCUCACAUUUAUUCAAAAUUAAAUACCAAAUAGGUUUUUGCAAUGUCUAAAGUGGGUGCUCGAAUGAAAACCUUGAAAAAGGUUGUCGAAAAAGUGAAACACGGUAACUUGCGGACGAAUAUCCCCGCAGGAAUGGCCGCUGCUGGGCCCCCAUUGGGGCCCAUGUUGGGACAAAGAGGUAUAAAUAUUGCCGCUUUCUGUAAAGAUUUCAAUGAACGCACCAAAGACAUUAAACAGGGGAUUCCCCUCCCAACACGAGUUAAAGUGAACCCCGACCGCAGUUACGAGCUUGUGGUUAACAAGCCCCCAGUUGUGUUUUUUCUAAAACAGGCUGCUGGUAUACAAAGAGCGGCCAUGGAGCCAGGUAAAGAAAUUGCGGGUAAAGUGACUCUGAAACACGUUUAUGAAAUAGCGAAAAUAAAAAGUGAAGACCCUACAUUACAAACGCGAACUAUAGACGAUUUAUGCAGAAUGGUUUGUGGGAUUGCCAGGUCUUGUGGAAUUGAAGUCGUAAAAGAUCUAGACCCUGAAGAAUAUAAACAAUUUCUCGCAGAAAGACAGCAAAUAGUGGAACAACAAAAGAAAGAGUUGCAGGAGAAGAAAGAGGCUAAAAUGUUGAGGACUGGUUGAUGAGCCAGUUAUUUUGUAGACUAGUGUACUUUUACAAAUAUAAUUAUAAA